GACAAAUGACAUUUUACUUAACCUUAAGAAUAUAGUUUUUUUCACAUUCUACAAUAUAUAUUUUUAAUUCGAUAGUUUUUAAAUCCUUGUAGCAGUCCUAAAAAAUCAUGGCUGGUCAAGGAUUUCUGUUAAAAACCGCAAAUUUUAUAAACGGAUGGCUUCUGUCUACCAAUAGGGUAUGUUUAAUAGCAAAUCAAAAUUCUGUUAGGACGUUAAAAGCAGAAACUCGGGAGAGGUUAAAAUCUCUCAAAAUUCCAGAUAAACCAAAAAAACCACUAAAUCCUUAUAUGCUAUUUGUUGUUGAAACAAGAAGUAAUUUAAUAAAAGAAAACCCGAAUUUGAAACCCGUAGAUGUAUUUAAAAAAGUCGCACAACAAUGGAAGACAAUCACGGAGGAGCAGAAAGCGAAAUAUCAGGAAAUAUAUAAAAAAGAACAAGAAAUUUAUGAUCAGGAAGUAUUAGAUUACAAUAUAAGUUUAAGUGAAGAGCAAAGGGAAGCGUUACACGCAGCGAGUAUGGAAAAGAGAGAAGAAAAGAAAAAGAGAAAACUCACAAAGUUGAUAAAAGAAAAUCACAAACCGAAAAAACCUCCCGGUCCUUAUUUAUUAUACCUCAUAGAACAAAGCCAAAUAAAAAAUAUUCCGAUUAACAUUUUAAUGAAAUCUUCGAAAGAUGAAUGGUCGAAGGUACCUGAAACCGAGAAACAACGAUUCAAAAAUGUUUAUUUAAAAGAAGUCGAAAAGUACGAAAAGGAAUUAAAAAAUUGGGAACAAAAAAUGUUGGAAGAAGGUCAUCCAGAAUUGGUUAGGACCAAAUCAAAAACUCCUGAAAAAUCUUCAAGGAUUUUGGCUGUAAAACAUAAAAAAUCUGAUAAAGAAUAGGGAAUCGAGUGUCUUCACUCAAAUUCAUCCGCCACUGCGGGUGAAGACACGUUGUUUCAUAUUGAAACUACAUCGAAACAAACUAAAGAUUCAUUAACGUUAAAAGAAUCACGUGGUACUAGAUCUGGUAAUAAAAAUGGUGACGUAAAUAAAGAAAUCAUUUUAGAAGAUUUAGGUUCUUGUUUAGUUUCACGAGAUGGAGUUAAUUCAGUGGCGGAGGAGGACGAGAAGAAUUUGACGACCAACAAAUCGGAAAAUGGGAAAAAAUGUAAAAAAUCCAGUUUGGUCGACAAAUUUUGGAAGUUCUUUAAAAAGUUUUAAUUUUUUUUCCUUAGAAAUUCGUAGAUUUUUGUUGUUUCGAAUGUUUAAUCGACCCUUUUAUACAUUUUUAAUUAACUGGGUUUUCAUUAUGAAUAUUAUUUAAGUUUUACGAUUUUAAUUAAGAAAAAAUUUGAUAAAUAAACAGUUUC